AUGGCGACUGGAGGCGACAAUCCCUAUCUGCCCCCAGAGAUUAUCAUCAACAUUCUCAAAAGACUUCCUGUUAAAUCCCUCCUUCGAUUUCGUGCAGUGUGUAAAGAUUGGAGAAGUCUCUUGAAAUCCCCCAUUUUCAUCGAGGAGCACUACCACCGCUCUGCUUGCGAAAACCCUCAUCUUAUCUUCCUUGUGAAACACAAAAGCAGAGAUGGGUCCAUAUUUUUGCUUCGUCAUGAGAUGGAAACUGUCGAACUUGUUGAGGGAAUGCCCGCGAUGGCUUCCGUAGGGCCUCCUUUUUGCAUCAUUGGUUCCAGCAACGGCUUGCUCUGUGUGACACUUUAUAGACGUGUGCUUUUGUUGUUGAACCCAGCUACUAGAGAGGUAAGGCAAGUACCCAGAUCAACAAACGAUGAUGAGCACCGUUUAUAUUUUGGACAGGGAUUUGGGUUUAGUCCUGUAGUUAGGGAUUACAAGAUAGUGACAAUGUAUUGUCAUAGCGAUAAAAUCUUCCAUGUAGACGGAGCGGAAGUGUAUUCAUUAAGAACGGGAUCAUGGAAAGAAGUAGAAUUCGGAGUUAUACGGAGUGUGGAACUUAAAUCUGAACCUGUCACUGUUAAUGGGGCUAUAUUUUGGUUGGGAUUGGAGACUGAAGAUCAUCGUCACAUGAUAGUUUCAUUUGACCUAGCAACGGAAGUUUUUACAUUGAUACCAACGCCUUCUUCAGCGGCUGAUCGAAUUGUGCUUGGUGCGUACGAGAACAAUGCUGCUAUGCUUCAUCAUUACUAUGCGCAUGAACCUCGUUUUUUGGAUUUAUGGGUGUUGGAAGAGAGAAUAACUGGUGCAUAUGGGAAGAGUUGGGGCUGGACUAAGAAAUAUAGUAUUGGACCAACUUUACGUCUCUUAUAUCCAGUAUGCUUUUGGAGGAAUGAAAUAUUCUGCCUAAAAUUUGAUGGUGCGGGACGACAUUGUUCGCUCAGUCUCACCACUAAUAAUGAAGUGAAGGAGUUCCACUUCUCUUUACCUGUUGGUUUUGUGAGUGGAGGAUUCUUUUAUGCAGAGAGCAUCGUGUCGAUGUGCGACCCGAUCUACCCAAGUUUCAAAACAGAAGCAUGUGAUUGGGUUCAUAUCACAGUUGCUGCUUCAGCUGGGUAUGGACUGGUGCUUUCUCUGACAGCUUGCAUUCAAGAAAGUUUUCAAAAAGUAUUCUUCCGUGACAAGAUGAAUGGGUUGAAGGUAGUAUCUCUGUUUCUUGCUCUUUGGGGCUUUCUGUCGUACAUCUACCAGCAGUACUUGGAUGAGACCAAUUCGAAGACUCUACACAGAAACAAUGAUGCUUUAUCCAGAGACUCACUCCACGGGGUAUCUGGGCAAGUAGAAAACAGGUCACUAUGA